GCCUCAUCGGGCGAUGCGACGGUGGUGGCACUAUCAGAGGCAGGCACAGCACCCAAUGAGCACGUGGGCAGCAAAACCGAAUGCGCGCUGCUGCAAGUGUGUCUGGACUUGGGCGUGGAGUAUUCCGAACUGCGCAAAGAAGGCGCGACAUUGCGUCUGAUCCCCUUCAACUCAGACCGCAAGCGCAUGUCCAAGGUCAUCCACCGCAACCACUCCACCCGUGUGCACAGCAAGGGCGCCAGUGAAGUCAUGCUAGACCUCUGCACACAACAGGUGGACGAGAACGGCGCUGUCUCAGACUUUACGCCCAAGCAGAAGGAUGUGUAUCUGCGGCACAUCGACCACUACGCCAGUGAUGGGCUGCGCACGCUUGUGCUGGCGUACAAGGACUACCCUGAGGACCACGGCAUCAGCGACUGGGACGAAGAAUCCAUCGACGACAUCGAGAAAAACUUGGUUUUUCUGUGUCUGGUAGGUAUUCAAGACCCGGUCAGACCGGAAGUACCCGAGGCUAUUCAGCAGUGCAAAAGUGCGGGCAUUGUGGUGCGCAUGGUGACGGGCGAUAAUGUAACAACCGCCACGACCAUUGCCAGAGAGUGUGGUAUCCUGGAUAGCAAGAAUGAUCUCGGUAUGCGUGUGUGA